AUGGACGUAGCUGGCUCAAUAGCACUAGUGAAGGUAGUGCAAGCAGUUUUGUUGGUCGUUGCGGCGCUCGGCCUUACUGCGUACAAGUGGCCGGACAACGCAGUUGUGACAGAUGAUGCGGUAUACGACUAUAUCGUGGUAGGCGCUGGUAGCGCAGGCAGCAUCGUCGCCAACCGCCUCACCGAGAAUCCAAAUGUACACGUGUUACUAGUAGAAGCAGGUGGAGAUCCACCAAUAGAAACUGCAAUUCCAGCUAUGUUCGCGUUUUUACCCAAAUCCACCAUAGAUUGGAACUUCGUUUCAGAGAACGAUGGUUAUUCAGCACAGUACCAUAGAAAUGGCUAUCUUAAUUUACCAUCGGGCAAAGUGCUUGGAGGGAGCAGUUCCAUUCACCAUUAUUAUUAUAUUAGAGGACAUGCCAAUGACUAUGAAUCAUGGGCCAACGCAACAGGUGAAGAUUCCUGGUCUUGGAACAAUCUUCUACCUUAUUUUAAAAAGAGCGAAAACCUAGUAGAUGAAGAAAUACUCAAUUCUAGCACUGGUCAGUAUCACGGUACAAAUGGGUAUACAGUUAUAACGAGGGAGCUCCGAGAAAUGCCGCUUAAAUAUCUUGAAGCUUUCCGGGAGGCCGGUAGUAAAGUUGUUGACGAUAUCAAUACUGGCAACACCUUAGGAUAUACGAGGCCCAUGGUGCUUAUAAAUUUACCACCAUUUUUGUGA